GGAAAUGGCCGAUAACAAUAUUUCAAUUUUGAUACCGGUAAUGUUUAAAUAUUACUUUACGUUGCAGGUUUCCAUCUUUAUACCCUUGUGACGAAGAGGAAUCUAGGAAAAAGUUGUGAAAUUCUGAAAAAAGACCUGUAUUUGUAUUAGAAGUCGUCAAUGACAAGACGGUUUUGUAAGGUCAGAUUUUUGAUAUCUCAAAGAUCCAUUUCUCCGUAUGGUCAGUAAUCACCAGAAAUGAGAUGCAGAGGUGUCACGAACUUAGUCAACGACUUGGAACCCUUUUAAAAGGGUCCUCAUAUAUACCAAAUAGAACACUUAUGAGGCUGCAUAAGAUAUGGAUUGAAAUCAGAUCCACACUUCAUUAGGGAAGCUGCUGAGGUCAUUACAUAUUUUUAUGGACAUGAACACGCUCAGUCUGCAUAUCAUAUCCUAGUUGCAAAUUACCAGCUUCACAGUCUGUUUAGAAAAAUUGUUUUCCUUUAACCACCUGUUGUCCCCCUACGAACAACUCUCCAGAGUCAAAACUUGUGAGAGCAAAGACUAACUAGGUUUUACCUUUCACCUUGUGAUUCCUACACGAGGAAGUUAGCAAUAAGUAGGUAAUACAUGCCGUACUACUCCCAAGAAGAAGUAUUGUUUCCACACGAUUUGUGCUUUAAUUAAAGCUUUUAAUGUGUGAUUCCGUGUUGGGAAUCAUACGUUAAAAGGUAAGACCUCGUUAGUCCUUAGCUCGCACAAGUUCUCAACUUCUGAGAGUUGUCGUUCGUAUGGGAGCAAUAGAUGAUUAACGGAAAAACAGAUUUUUUAAUCUAAAUGCGUCCAGCAGUUAUGGUGAACCAAACCAACGCAUCUUAUGUCAUUAUCAGAAUGUGAGGGGUCUCAACAGUAAAAUUGACUCAUUCAACGCAGCUGUUAGUGAUUGUGAAUUUAAUGUUUCAAAUUGUGAACUCUUUACAAGCUCUUACUGUGUACAUCGAAAAGAUCGCAAACUGGAAAUUGUGGAUGAGAAUGACCACACGGAAAGACAAGAUAAUAGCCUUACUGCCACCUCCUGAUUCGGAUGGUGGAACAAGCGACGAUGAUGCAGAGAAUUUUGAGGGUUACGGUGAUAGGUAUUCUUCUGAUACAUCCGAAGCACCCUCUAUUCCUGAUUCCGUAGCUGAAGAAUUAGAUUCAAUUCUGAGAUACUCCGAUACCGACACCGAGGAUGUUUUGAAAGGAGAUGACAAUAACUGUGAAGCAUUCGUAUUCAAGACACCUGUCAAAAAUAUCCCUCCGUUCACAUACACUCCAACACCUAAAUCUAUAUUUACUCCGCUGAACAACAGUAGUGAUAGUAGCAAAGAACAUAAUAAAGAGAAUACAGAACCUUGAUAAUUUAGAACAAGAAAAAAAUAAAGCAGAAAGGGCAAAAUAUGGAAAAUUCAGAAAAAAAUACUAAGGGUCACAAAAAAAAGUACGAUUACAAGUGGUCCAAUGAAAAAAUUCAGUUUUCCUGUCGACAUUCCCGUCAACAAUUUCACAUUGCCGGAGGUAAUGAAGUCACCUAUGGAAUAUUUCAAAAUGUUCUUCUCUGAUGACCUCCUACAGUU